CCACCCAGUUAUGCCAACUGAAGAACAGAAUGCGUCUAUGACCUCAAAUGAAUCGUUUCUAGAUUACAACAGUGCGAAGGAUGAGUGCGAAUCUCUUCUAAAGGCUCAGUCAAAAGAGAGCAGUGUAAGAAUGUCUCUGUCACCAUGGGGAAAGCUGUUGAGCAUGUACAGAAAAAUGAAAGAGUCUCCUAUUCCCAAACUGUACAGCAAGAGGAAUACGCAAGAACUUCAGAAGGAAGAGGGCCAAUGCAUUCAACUGGUAGUAUAUAGAUGUAAUGAGAAAAAUCCAAUGAUUUUCAGUCACUUUAGAACAACUGAUUCUGUUGGCUUUGUUGAAAUGGAAAUAAAGAAAAUGCUUGAUGUUCGCCAUGAUGUUCGGUUGUGGAAGAAAGGUUUGAACGAUGAGGCUAGUCUGCUGCAAAGCUCAGAUUCAACGUUGAAAGCUGCUGGAAUCAUUCAUGAACAGGUUCUAUUUCUUGAGGAAAAAGGUAUACACGGAAGCAAAUCUUGUCAUUAGAAAUGAGAAAUAUCAGAGAAAUUAUUCCCAGAGUAAAAGAAUCGAGAGUGAACUGAAGAAAUAUCAUUUUAAUUUAAAAAAGUCUGCAAUUCAUGUUUCACUUUAA